CUGUGCGCUGGAGCAGCGGGUGCGGGGGCGCUUCGCUGCUGCCCGGCUAUGGCCGAUCUUCGCAGCAGGAGUAACCGGUCCCGGGCUUCUCGCCCCGCUCCCUGAGCGCUCUCCCUCUUCGACCUCUGAAAAACUCUGCGUUGUGUCUGGGCCGUGGCGAGCGGCACCGAGAGGCUGGCAGGGAUGCGCUGAGGACCGCUGGAGCGCGCGUCCCUGGGAGCCGCCGUGCGCCCCGCGCGGAAGCCCAGGUGUCUCGGGCUACCUCGAUUUCCCCACUGUACGCCCGCCGCCCCCGCCGCACUUGAUGUGCAGAAAGAAGCCGGACACCAUGAUCCUAACACAAAUUGAAGCCAAAGAAGCUUGUGAUUGGCUACGGGCAACAGGUUUCCCCCAGUACGCACAGCUUUAUGAAGAUCUCCUCUUCCCUAUUGAUAUUUCCUUGGUCAAGCGAGAGCAUGAUUUUUUGGACAGAGAUGCCAUUGAGGCUCUAUGCAGGCGUCUAAACACUUUAAACAAAUGUGCGGUGAUGAAACUGGAAAUCAGUCCUCAUCGGAAGAGGGGACCAGUGGCUUUCUUGUCUUUUCAGAGUGAGGAUUCCGACGAGGACGAGCCUUGUGCAAUAAGUGGCAAGUGGACUUUCCAGAGGGACAGCAAGAGGUGGUCCCGGCUUGAAGAGUUUGAUGUCUUUUCUCCAAAGCAGGACCCAGUCCCUGGGUCCCCAGAGGAUCCCCACCUGAAGAGCGCCCCGAGCCACGAAAGCAUGCUGACGGACUUCAGCGAGCGCCAGGACGUGGCUUCUGUCCGCAGCCUCAGCAGCACCAGCAGCCUCCCCGCCCAUGUGCCCCACGGCGGCGGCGGGGACACUGCCACUGCCACACCCCGGACUAACUCGGUCCUUAGCGUCUGCUCGUCCUCCGGCAACUUUGUAGGCAACGACGACUCUUUCUGCAGCCUGCCCUCUCCCAAGGAACUGUCCAGCUUCAGCUUCAGCAUGAAGGGCCACGAGAAGAACGCCAAGUCCAAGACGCGCAGCCUGCUGAAGCGCAUGGAGAGCCUGAAGCUCAAGGGCUCCCAGCACGGCAAGCACAAGGCGCCCUCCAAGCUGGGGCUGAUCAUCAGCGGGCCCGUCCUGCAGGAGGGCAUGGACGAGGAGAAGCUGAAGCAGCUGAACUGCGUGGAGAUCGCCGCCCUCAACGGCAACCACAUCAACGUCCCCAUGGUACGAAAGAGGAGCGUUUCCAACUCCACGCAGACCAGCAGCAGCAGCAGCCAGUCGGAGACCAGCAGCGCCGUCAGCACGCCCAGCCCUGUCACCAGGACCCGGAGCCUCAGCGCCUGCAACAAGCGGGUGGGCAUGUACCUGGAGGGCUUUGACCCCUUCAGUCAGUCGGCAUUCAACAACGUCGUGGAGCAGAACUUCAGGAACCGCGAGACCUACCCGGAGGACACGGUGUUCUACAUCCCAGAGGAUCACAAGCCUGGCACCUUCCCCAAGGCCCUCUCCAAUGGCAGUUUCUCUCCCUCGGGGAAUAGCAGCUCUGUGAACUGGAGGACUGGAAGUUUCCACGGCCCCGGCCACAUCAGCCUGAGGAGGGAGAACAGCAGCGACAGCCCCAAGGAGCUCAAGAGACGCAAUUCCUCCAGUUCCAUGAGCAGCCGCCUGAGUAUCUACGACAACGUGCCGGGCUCCAUUCUCUAUUCCAGCUCGGGUGACCUGGCCGACCUGGAGAAUGAGGACAUCUUCCCUGAGCUCGAUGACAUCCUCUACCACGUGAAUGGCAUGCAGAGGAUCGUCAACCAGUGGUCGGAGAAGUUCUCAGAUGAGGGAGACUCGGACUCGGCCCUGGACUCGGUCUCCCCGUGCCCGUCCUCUCCCAAGCAGAUACACCUGGAUGUGGACCACGACCGAGCCACACCCAGCGACCUGGACAGCACAGGCAACUCGCUGAAUGAGCCCGAAGAGCCCUCUGACAUCCCAGAGAGGAGGGAUUCUGGGGUCGGGGCCUCCUUGACAAGGUCCAACAGGCACAGGCUGAGGUGGCACAGUUUCCAGAGCUCUCAUCGGCCGAGCUUAAACUCUGUGUCACUGCAGAUUAACUGCCAAUCUGUGGCCCAGAUGAACUUGCUACAGAAGUACUCGCUCCUGAAGCUAACCGCCCUGCUGGAGAAAUACACGCCUUCUAAUAAACAUGGUUUCAGCUGGGCCGUGCCCAAGUUCAUGAAAAGAAUCAAGGUUCCAGACUACAAGGACCGGAAUGUGUUCGGGGUCCCCCUGACGGUCAACGUGCAGCGCACAGGACAGCCCCUGCCCCAGAGCAUUCAGCAGGCCAUGCGCUAUCUCCGCAACCACUGUUUGGAUCAGGUCGGGCUCUUCAGAAAGUCGGGUGUGAAAUCCCGGAUUCAGGCCCUGCGCCAGAUGAAUGAAAGUGCUGUAGAUUGUGUCAGCUAUGAAGGGCAGUCUGCUUAUGACGUGGCAGACAUGUUGAAGCAGUAUUUUCGAGAUCUUCCUGAGCCACUAAUGACAAACAAACUCUCCGAAACCUUCCUACAGAUCUACCAAUAUGUGCCCAAGGACCAGCGCCUCCAGGCGAUCAAGGCGGCCAUUAUGCUCCUGCCCGACGAGAACCGGGAGGUUCUACAGACGCUCCUUUAUUUCUUGAGUGACGUCACGGCAGCUGUGAAGGAGAACCAGAUGACUCCGACCAACCUGGCCGUGUGCUUGGCGCCCUCCCUCUUCCACCUCAACACCCUGAAGAGAGAGAAUUCUUCCCCAAGGGUAAUGCAAAGGAAACAGAGUUUAGGCAAACCAGAUCAGAAAGAUUUGAACGAAAACCUCGCUGCCACUCAAGGGCUGGCCCACAUGAUUGCUGAGUGCAAGAAGCUUUUCCAGGUUCCUGAGGAAAUGAGCCGAUGUCGCAAUUCCUACACCGAGCAAGAACUGAAGCCCCUCACUCUAGAAGCAUUAGGACGCCUUUGUAACGACGAGUCAGCUGACUACCAACACUUCCUCCAGGACUGCGUGGACGGCCUGUUUAAGGAGGUCAAAGAGAAGUUUAAAGGUUGGGUCAGCUGCUCUACCUCAGAGCAGGCCGAGCUGUCCUAUAAGAAGGUGAGUGAAGGACCUCCUCUGAGGCUUUGGAGGUCAACCAUCGAAGUCCCUGCUACCCCCGAGGAAAUCUUGAAGCGCCUACUUAAAGAGCAGCACCUCUGGGAUGUAGACCUGUUGGAUUCAAAAGUGAUUGAAAUCCUGGACAGUCAAACUGAAAUUUACCAGUAUGUUCAGAACAGUAUGGCACCCCACCCCGCUCGGGACUACGUCGUUCUGAGGACAUGGAGAACUAACUUACCCAAGGGGGCCUGUGCCCUUUUACUCACAUCCGUGGAUCACGACCAGGCACCUGUGGUAGGGGUGAGGGCCAACGUGCUCCUGUCCAGGUAUCUGAUCGAACCCUGCGGGUCAGGGAAAUCCAAACUCACCUACAUGUGCAGAGCUGACUUAAGGGGCCACAUGCCAGAGUGGUACACAAAGUCUUUCGGACAUUUGUGCGCAGCUGAAGUUGUAAAGAUCCGAGACUCUUUCUGUCAUCAGAACACUGAGAGCAAAGACGCCAAAUCCAGGUGAUCACUGAGGCAGAGCAGCCAUGUCCACCAUCCGGGAGUUUGUUUCCGGAACCCUUGCCAGUCCUUGGAAGAACGGGUUCUGCGUCUAAUUCUGAAACAAGACUACAAGUUGGAGUAGAGGAAUUGACUUUAGCUGUUUGAUACAUUUUUAAAGCUGCUUCCUGUUUGUUUAAGGUCUGUGUUAAAGACCUUGACUGGAAUAUAUGACUGUGCAAAAAAAAAAAAAAUGUAUUCUUACGCGAAUUGCUUCUGAGAAGCAAAACUCUUAUAAAUACAUUAUGGAAGAUGAUGAAGAUACUUCAUUCUCUUGUGAUACUGGUGUAUGUGUACCUAUGUCAUUUUGUUUGCAGCGUGUUGAGGGACUGGUGUAGCCACUGGAAUAGUUGGUACUCUUUGACAUGUUUUCUCACUGAGAUGAGCAGAGAAAGGUUUGCACAGAGAAGUGUGUGUAUGUCUGUUUGUUGCUGGUUGAAUGGCAUAGAUGUGUAAGUUGGGAUGCAGUGUCUGGCACACUGAGAUGCAUCCAAGAAGGAUUUUGAUGUAUCAGAUUCAGUUUAACCUGAAAUAUCUGACUACCCAUGGAUCCAUCCAGAAAGGGAACCCUUUUAUUUUGGGGGGUUUGGCAGCCUACCCUUGUCCAUUUAUUUUUUAUGUUUUAUUAAACAGAAUCCUCUAUCAACCUCUCCUUUACCUGAACAGUAAUUGUAGUAAAUUUACUCUGAUAGCCCAUUUCAAACACAGUUUAUCUGCAGAUCCAGUUGCAAAUAGUGAUGUUGUUUUUAACCAGGAUAGAUUAAAGGGAUGAAAAAGAACUCCCCCUUACUGGUUCCAAAGCACAGUUUUGCUUUGUUUUUUCUAAAUAGUUGAGAUGUAAAAACUGAACACUCUAUCGUUUACUCCUGAAUCAAGCAUCAGAAUGUUUUACUUGUCUGAAUUCUUUGCAUUUUCAUGUGUAUCACAGAAACUCUUUAAGACACGCUAUGUAUGGGAACAUAGGAAGCUAAGUAUGUCUCAAGGAAAUCCCUGUAAAUAUAACCCAACCACAAAAGUUGUUGUUAUUAACAGUAUUUCUGAAAGCUUAACAGGCUUAUUAAUUGGAUUUACCCUUAACAGCAAAUAGGUUUUCUGGUUUUAUGAUUUUUUUUUUUUUUUGCUUUGAUUUUCCUAUAUUUUCUUUUCUUUUCCUUUAUAAUGAUGCCCUUGGAAUAUAUUUUCAUGGUGAUGGCAAAUAGGUUUCAUAGUAAAAAACAAAAGCAAAAUCCCAGCACAGUUUUUUGGAAGGGUGGUCUUUAUACAGGUUUUACUGUAAUGGUAAAGGUUGACUUAAGAGACAGUAUUAGUGAAUUUAUUUAGCAUGGAUCAAAGUGAAUAACGUAUGAAUGAGGGUUGUAAGAAGGAUUUUUAUUUUGUUUUAACAUAAUUUAGCUACCAUUGUCAGUGUUAUUUCAAAGGUUCUUUGAAGAAUUGGUGGGGCUGGAUUAGAGUGUUAAAAUUUGAGUAUUUUGGAUAUCAGUGUUUUUCAUGAAGAUAUUCUUGUAUAUUCAAUUUUAAUGGCUUUCAGAUUUGUAAGAUUGUAUGUUGUAUAUACCAUUCUAUUAAGACACAUGUACACAUGUCCACUGUGCUUUCAAAACAUAGAUUAAGCAUGAUAAAGAUUAUUAUUUAAAAUAUACUUGUAUUUAUACCUCAGAUAUUCUUUUGGGUUUUGUACCUCAAGGCUUUUUUUUUUCCUAAUGUAAAUACACUUUUCAUGAAUACAGUCUAAGAGAAAAAAGUAAAUAAAAGAAGAGGUUUAUAUGUGCUCUGUAUCUGUACAGAAUAUAAUCGAUAAGUGCACUAUUAAAUGUUUAAGGGAAAAGUCUGGCCUGCUCUCCUUUGCAUUGCAUCUCACUACCCCCCCUCCCCCCCCCGAAAACCUCAGACUGCAAGGCAGAUCAUUCUAGCAUCAACCAAAGUGAAAGCGUGGAGUUGCUGAAGGGAAAAUCAGACCGUAAAUCAUUCCAAGGCCAAACUGCAGCUGAGCCACUCGCUAACAAACAGGAAACCUGGUGAAGGUUCGGGAAGCGUGGAGAUGCUCUCCAAAGGUCGUUAGGAAAUGAUGCCGAGAAAGUUACAAGAACAAGCAACAGCUACAGAAAGAUGCUCAUAAGCAAAGCCAAGGUCGCCGAUUCAUUCCACAAAAGGCCGCUUUCCCACUGUUUGGCCUUCCUGUUGAAAGGAUUUCCAUGUCCAACAGGAGAUUUCAAAGGACGUGAACAUUUGCAAGAACUCUGCUUACUGUCGCCUAGAGUGAUAUUGCCACAAUUCCUCAUUGUGACUAGCGGCCUAGAUUGUACGCUCUGAGAGCAGGGCUCUUCUCCAGCACAUCCUUAGACUCCCCUACAGCAGCUUUCAGUGUUUGUACUUGUAGGCACCUAAUAAAUUGAUUACUUGCUAAAUGGGA